AUGGAGUCUCUGAUUGUGAAACUCGCAUCACUUCCUGAUAUUUUCGUCCAACAUCAAAAAAUUGGCGAGAAAGAUUUUACUGAGAAAGAAAAGUAUGAUAUUCUUCAAAAACUUGCCCAACAAAAUCCUUCAGUUUUUCUGACCAGGUACGCCGAACACAUGUCCGCCGAUGAUUGUCUUGUGUUUGAAAAUACUGAAGACCCAUUUAUUUCAUCAAUGCUGCAACAAAUUCGAGCAAAGAAGGAGCCAACAAAAAGAGAGAAGAAGAAUAGGCGGUUUAAUAAAAUGCAGAAGUUGCUAAAGGAGGGCAGUUUCUUCUCAGAUUUAAAAAUGCGCGAAAGGGAACCUUAUUUAUACGACGCAAUGGUCGGAAGAUUUCUAAACGAAGCCGAAAGGAUACAAUUGCGGCCGACAGUGAAUCGAGACGGAGGAGAAUGCAGCUGGUCCGAUAUGAUGUCCAGAUUCGAAGAUAGUCAAGUGAUUUCGGAACGCAGGAAUGUUCAAGAAACUGAAUGGGAACCGAACUCAUCUACUUGCCAUGAAGAGGACCGCGGCCACGAUCAUAGCAGUCGGUUUUUCGCACAUGUCAGCAAUCGAAUGGCUGGUGGUGGUACUGAAUUUAUUCCAGAAGAAGACGGAGAUGAUGAUGAAGACGAGGAUGACGAUAUCACAAAAUUGAGGAAGGAGAUGGAAAAACUUGCAAAACUUGAAGCUUCGCAAUAUGACGAACUCGGCGAUCAGGACACCCCAGCAAUGCUUCGUUCCGAAUUCGAAUCUUACAUGCAGCAGAGAUUCCUUGCCGGAAAAGACCACCAGUUCUUCGACUACUCGACCUGCGAUAAUAUCAAUGAGAUUGAUCCUAUCAAAGAGCGCGAUGAUGAAGAGCGGUGGUUUGAUAAGGAUUAA